GAAAAAGGCGUACAAAAAAAUUGGGAUAAAUUGGAAUGAGCUGCCGCCGGUCAGGCUCCCUACCCCGCCCCUUUGAAACGUCGGUAAGUUUUUCCCCUCCAUGCAUAACCGCUACGAUCUGAUCUGAAGACGCUCUAUUUUAUUCCCCCUUCAAACUUCCGACACAGUUUCUACUCGUAAGUACCCCGCCGCCGCCAAAUCAUGCUCCGCAACCUGCGGUCGCGGCGGCGUCCGCGAUAUGGAGCUCAACUUUGUGCCGUAGCGGCUGCGAUUCUCCUUCUUCUCUCUGUCUCCCUUCUCUACACCCGCCUCAAUUUCUUCCACUCCAACCAACUGCAUUCGUACCCCAGCCACUACGACGCCGUUUCACUCAAUCACCCACUUACCGACGACCUAGCUGACUCUGAUUUCCGGUCCUCCCCCUCUGAUGACCGCAUCGACGAGCUCGAUGACGCAGUUCAGCUCAACGUGAACGACGAGGAAAAUCUAGAGGCGGAUGAGGAAGACGGAGAGGAAAUUAAUCGAAAGUCGAAGGUCUCGUCCAGGACCUACUUCUAUGACCAUCAACUCGGCGUGAUUAGGAGGGCCUUAAACAAGCGGUCAAUUGAGGAAUGGGAAGAUUACGUGAACUUUGAAUCUAGCUUCAAAUCAGGGUUCGGGUAUGAGGUUGAUGAAUCUAAGUACGCCAUUGCAUCGGAUGAUUUGCCAGUAGAUGAGAAGAUGCGGAAGAAGUUGAGCGAAGUAAGGAACAUCGAGGAUGCACUUUUAUUGAAGGGGUCGCCAUUGAGGGAAGGUUGGGGAGACUGGUUUGAUAAGAAAAGUGACUUCUUGAGGAGGGAUCGCAUGUUUAGGUCAAACUUGGAAAGCUUGAACCCAAAUAAUAAUCCGUUGUUGCAGGACCCUGAUGGGUCCGGAGUGACUGGAUUGACUAGAGGGGAUAGGCUUGUGAUCAAAGGAUUGAUGAAUGAGUUUAAAAACGUCCCAUUCUUGGUUGAAAAUACUCCACCUGUCUCAGGGUCAGAUAACUCCAGAUUAGCAGAAAAUGACGUCCUGGGUACCCAUAGCAAGGUAAAAGCUGUAGAAGACACUAAUUCGAGCAUGGAAACCUUGCAAUCCUAUUCAGAACUAUUGAGAAUGAAAGGUGAUGUUUUGAGUAAGAGAAGUGAUAUUGAGUUUGGUAUGAAGGGGGAAGUGAAAUCUUGAGAGCUGAAGAGAGGAGUUUAAAAGACAACAAUCACUUACAUAUUGAAAGAAUUGGUGACUAUGAAGCACGGAAACUCUCUGCGAUUCACGUUUCCCUGUUUCAGAAACAAAGAAGCGUGUUGGAAACUCGGAAACCUCAAACUCCCAUUUCGGGGCCGUUUCCGUAAUUAAGAAGAAUUGGGAAGCCCAUUUUCCUAAAUAAUUAGCGUUCUGGAAGCUUUGGGUUUACAUUUUUUUCUUUUAAGAAUUUUUUUGAUGAAAAAUAGUGUCUUUUACCAAAUAUAGUGAAUUUUUAGCAACAUUGUGACGUUUCAUAACGCAAUGCUUUGCUAGAAAUGUAUUGCAUUUUAUGUUCAGUGCUAGUCGAUUUGUUAUCAGUUUUAAUGUAUUGAUAAUUAGGUUUUAUGUUUUAUAGAACCAAAUUAAUCAUAUUUUCAGUGCUAGGCGAUUUGUUAUCAGUAUUGAUGUUUAAGUGAUCUAUUACAAGACAGCAUAAGCACGGCUAUGAUUCAGAGUUGCAGACUGUAUGGCUUUAUCUAUAAGAAUGCUUCGUUUCAAAUUGCUCAUUCUAUGUACACCAUUUUUUAUGGUUGAGUGUCAUUGCUCUGUAAUUUCAUGUAUUAUUGAUGUAAUGCUUGCUAAAGAAAGAUAAAUAAUAAUGGUUUCAUUCACUAUCCAUUGUUCUGCAGCACUUCCAUUUAUUCUCUGAAAGCAACUUCAGUUAUGCAGCAUAACAUUUUGUGGGUGGACAAGAAGCUCCUAAAACUUCUACUAUGUUGGUCUACGUUCUAUUUUAUACGUUAGGAUUGAUAUUGAAUUAGUUUUCCAUUAUAACCCCUCUAAUAACACAUAUACAUGUCCCUUUAUUUGGGAGGUGAAUGCAAACAGAAGGGACUCUCAGUUAAUGAAAAAACUAUCAAAUAUUAAAGAUCUGCUAGUCACUCACUUCCAUGGCCGGAAUGAAACCGCAGUAGGCCUGGAGAAAAUCUGUGUUAAUGGCAGAUUGUCUUCUUCACAGGUUUAUGAUAUACUACGGGCUAAAAGACCGAAAAGGACCUGGAUGCCUUUUAUUUGGAGGACUUUCAUCCCGCCUAAAUUUUCAUCCAUCAAAUGGCUGGUUUUCCGGGAUAGACUGGCUACACUGGAUAACUUGGAGUUUUUGAAUUAUGAAAACACAUGCACUUUCUGCCAGCAGGAAUCUGAAUCUAUUGCCCAUCUCUUUUUUGCUUGUUCUUAUACUACAGGUAUCUGUAUGGAGGUUCGCAAAUGGUUGGGCAUUAGAAGGUAAAUGCCAACAAUUGCUAGCUCAAAUAAAUGGAUUAAAAGAGAGCACCAGGGAGCACAUAUCCACAAUAAAGCGACCUGUUUUGCGUUUUGUUGUUCCAUUUACACAAUCUGGAGAUUAUGAAAUGCUGCCUAUUUUGAUCGCGUCAGGUCCACCCCUCAGGAGUUGGAGAUGUCUUAUUUUGAAACUGGAAUGUACUGUGCUUAGCUACUGUUUUUGGCUUACAGUAAGGGGCCUGUCCCUUGCUGUUUGGGGUCUGUUUUGGUUGCUAUAUGUGGGCUAGGUAUUAUGUUCCGAUUGCCCACAUUUUGAUUUUCUUUUGAUCAGGGAGCUACUGUUUUACUCUUGCAGUAAGGAGCCUGUCUCUUGCUGUUUGAGGUCUGUUUUGGUUUCUAUAUGUGGGCUAGGCUCAGAGUCUUCUCUUGCUGUUCAACACAAGGAAGUUGAGAAUGAUGCUACCCCCUACACAGUUGACUAAAGUAAACGGAAACCGAGUUGGGGAAAAUGGUAAUGUUGUUGAUGAUGAGAACCCUACACUGAGUAAUAAUAGUGGUCUUCUCAAUGAGGAUGACUUCACGUCUUCUCCAGUGAUAGCAUAUCGAAAGAACUUUUGGGAUAGAGAUAAUGUGAUGAAUAGUGAUACACGUCCCGGGGUAGAUACGAUGAACAGUGAAUUUGAGGUUUGUUUUUCAUAUGGGAAAUCUCUGGAUAAUGUGUGUACUGAUUCACCUAGUAGCAGAAGAGAAUGUAAAAUGAUCUUGUUGAUCCUAUUCAUGUUAGUAGAAAAAAUGAUGAUGCUAUGGUUACGGAGAGAGAAAGGGUAGUAAAUCUGUCCAACAUAAACUUUGAGUCAGGGAUAACCAGAUUUGCAGCGCAUAGCAGAAAUUCUCUUCUCAACUGUUGUUUUGUAGAGCUUCAUCAUAUUGAUAAUCCUUAUUCAUGCGACCGUAAAAGUGACCUUGGAAAGAUCGUAGGAAAUGCGAGUAGUCAGCCUAGAUUGAUUCAUGAUAGCACGGAAAGUAAGCAUCUUAAGAACCAUGCUGCCAUUUCUGAUAUCCCAUCUGCUCCUUUUGGAAGGCAAGGCAAUGAUGGAUUUAUCGGCGAUCCUAGACAUCCUGUAGGUUGUAACAGAAUAGAAUAUAGUACAGAUGCUCUUGUUGAUUCAAGAAGUUAUCCUUUAUAUGCUACUGAACGCACUUCAUUGUCACCUGGUAUCAGAGAGUAUGACAGUGCAAGAAAGUGAUGGAAUGAUUUACGGUGAUGAGUUUUCACAAAUGGAUCGGAAGAAUAGCUGUGAUCAAUAUGAAACUAGUACAAUGUACAAUGGGAUUUAUCACAAUAUAUCGUCUGAGAUGUCAGAUUCUAGGUACAGACAAUUCAGCCAAAAGAGCGUCUCUCUCGGUUGUCUUCUAACAAGUGUUCACUGAAAGAAAGAAAAAACUGGCUAUGUCACUAGUCAUGAUGAUCUCCUGGACACUCCUGUUGAUGAUGUCAUGGGCAUGCUACAAAGUCAGGUUCUUCUGGUGAAGAGGCAAAUGAAAUUCAAACUAUUGGGAAAACGUCCUGACAGCAGUGAAUUCUCUCGCAUUGGAGAGCAUGCCAAUGAACUGAAAAGGAAUGUACAUCAAACCACCGAACAAAAUGUUAUUCCGCAUGCACCAAAAGAGACACAGGUGGGGGAUUUUGGGCGUCAGAGUGAUUUAAUAAAAAGGUCUCGUGAUAGAGAUAGUUCUGUAACUUGUUAUAGCUCCUAAGCAUAGACAACUCAAAAGAGGUUUGAUGUCCAAGGAGAACAUGCCUUCUGAAAUUGAAAUUGUAGAUAGCUCUGUGGUUAAAGAACUGCCAUUUAUAGUUCCAAAUCAUAGACAACUCAAACGAGAUUUGAUGUCCAAGGAGAGAAUCCUUCUGAAGAUUUGAGAAGGAACCUGCAUGUAAGCCUACGAAAUGCAGAAAGCUAGUGAGGACAUUUUUGGUAAAGUUGGUGUUUUUUUCCUGGGAAACCACCACAAUGAUGAGACCUCUAAUGACAACCAUUAUUUGUUAAAUCACACCAACACAGUGCCACAAGUCAAGAACCAGAACCAGUCAAUGAGCUGCCUUUAAGCGGGCAUGAGAACGGUUCAGACGUUCAUGACUCAAGAAAUAGGGAUCCUGAUGGUAAUGUUACAAAUCAAAACAGCGGAUUAUCCGAUGUUCUUCCUCCAACUGUCCCUAAGAACAAGGAUUCUAACAUGAAAGAAAGAUCUGAAUGUGAAAAUGACGGUUCUGAAAUGCACGACUUCUCAUCCAUGGAACCCAAUGAAAAAUAUCAGGGUAAAUUGUCUCAAAGUGAACCCCUGGAAACUCCAGUGUACCAUUGGUAUCUCGUGUCCUGAAGCAGGAGAUGAUGGUACAUCUGAAGCUACCAAGGUUGGGAGUGAUGUUAUAUGUCUACGAUCUUCAAGGUGUUGAAAAAAAAAGCAACCCUCCCAGUCCUACUUGCAAGUUAAAAUGCGAAAAGGUGGCAUAUGGAAUGACGUUACAACUAAAAUUAUGCUAGCGGGUGUCUGCAGAAAGUUAAUUGGAUUUGUUUUGUACCAUAUGGGUGGUGGUCUAUAGAUUGCCAUGUCCUGCCUGGUAUAGUGGUAUAACACAUUUUUUUGUAUGAAGAUCAGCUGUCUGAAGUCCCAAAUGUUUUGCUUCUAUUUUUGUGCCCCCUCCCAAGGCAAUAAACACUACAUGAUUUGGGUCCAUAUGAG